AUGGCCUCAACUUCAGUUCCCUCCACCUUACGUUUCUGCACAAAUUCCACUCCAUUUCUCCCUGCACCCAACAUUGCUCAUGAAUCUGGCCUAACAAUCAAGCUGUGGCGCCAUGCAAAUUUCUCACUCAAUAUUUCACAACCAAUACAUUUCCCUAACCUUUUCACCAAAACAACCCACGCGGCGGCGGUGGCCUGCUGCACCAACGAUGACACGGGGCCUCGAGAGGACUACAGAGCUCUUGAAACAGUGCUCAAGCUCUACGAAGCGAUCAAAAAUAAAAAUGUUAAUCAAGUCUCAGAUAUAAUAUCAGAAGAAUGCUCGUGCAUUUCCAACUUUGUUUCCGCCUUCCAACCUUAUCUUGGUAAGAAGCAAGUCAUGGUUUUCUUCUCAUCUCUAAUGAAAUACUUGGGGAAUAACAUUGAAAUCGUGGUGCAAAAGACAUCGGAUGAAGGGAUGGUGGUUGGUGUAUCCUGGAAACUAGAGUGGAAUAAGGCACCCUUGCGUCUCGGGAAAGGUUUCAGCUUCUAUACAUGCCAUGUUUACCACGGAAAGGUGAUGAUAAGGAAUGUGGAGAUGUUCCUGGAGCCUAUACUUCACAUGGAGCCACUAAGACUGGAACUGAUAACUCUGGUGAUGGCUGCCAUAGACAAGCUUAAUCCCCAGUUAAGGUUGAAGAAGAGGGCCAGAAAAGCAGUAAUCAUCUUGUUCACCCUUCUCUUCCUGGCUGCACUUGUACGUUCAUUCAAAUAACAGACCACGUCACCAACAACCCCAUGCUUCUGCAUUUAUAAUUUAGUAUAGCAUCUCAUUUUGUAUACCGGUAAGUCCUCUUAAAACUAAAAUUCAUCGCAAGAAAAGAAGGCAUUAGAAUUUAGAACUGGUUGGAUAAACAUGUGUGAUACAAGGGGCAUUUGAACACCAGCAGCGGUCAAGUGGGAAAGAAGGCAAAUAGAUUAACACCAUCCUAAACAAGCUACAGCAGCAUAAUUACAAAACAUUAUAGCCUACAUUCAGGAACCAAGUCGCACUACAACUAUAGUCGCUACCUGUGAGUGAUUCCAUACAUCUAAACAUUAGACAAAUCAAAAGAAACUAGGAUUACAUCUCCGUUUGGCAGCAUCAGUCAUGUCAUCAUAAACAACUAGCAAACUACAGCAUCAACAGACCUGCAAAAGUAGAACAAAAUUGGUGGUCAAUCGUUGUGCUAUCGUAACUCAAUGGUGUUAUUUCCUAGUGAAUUCCAUCAAGUAAAAUCAAAAGUUCUAAGCUGCUA